AUGCACGCUAUGGAAGCACCAGGGGACAGUGAUUCUCCGAAGGCAGGUGUUCACGACAAUUUCUGUGGAUGGAAAACAGAAACAAAGGUCAUCAGCCAAAGCCCAGAUUUCAACAGGACUGCUGCUCCACUGUACGACUUUCUCGGGCGAAAUCGAAAAUUCGAAUGGACCAGAGGACGUGAGGCUUCCGAACGUGUCAAAGCACGGAAGUUGGAUCAGCAACUGACUCUCAAACUGCCCAGGAUAGGAGGGAUGUUCAUUGUUGCAGAAGGCGCUAGUGACCGCGGUAUCGGCGCAGUCCUAAAGCACAGGAAUGGAGUUAUCGAAUAUGCCAGUCGUGUGAUUGACUAA